GUCCAAGGACUGAACUUUGUUUUUCAUUUGUUCAUCACACACCACACCAGGCUUGCUCUUGCACAGCUAGUUCGGCUGGAUCGGGACUACCUUAACACCAACAGGGAAAACCAGAGGUGAGUCAGACUCAGUCAACCUGAGGACAUUUUUAGGAGUUACGUGGUUUAAUAUGCUGAAGUGUUUCACGAUACAUUACUAAAUGUCAGUUAUCAGGCCAGACAUCAGCUUAGAGCAGCAAGAAGUAACACUUAAUUUUUUGGACUUCUCUCAGGGACAACGGAGAUCCUGAUGAUCCAGCUGCUGAGGAUGCUGAGUCUCUCCGAUCUGUGCUUGUCGUUGGCAGGUUAGACAGCCUAUCUAUUGAACAUAAUAUUUAUGCUCCAACUAUACUUCAUGUCUUCCUCAAUCUCUAAUUGCAUUUGCCACUCUGAACCAUCAGGGACCAUGGGGAUGGGGUGGAAGAGGAGAGGGACCCAACACACGGUCAGGAGACACAUGUUGAGUCCUCUCUGCUGAAUGGGCAUCUUGUGAACAGGUAAACAUUUCUCUGAGAGAGAUCCUCAUUACUUCAUUUACCGAUUGGAUCUCACUAUACUCAGUCAGAGCUGAUCCCAUGAGUCAUUGCUCCCACAGAUUUAAUAGAAAGACCAGUGCAUGUAAAUAAAUGUUUUAUCAGUCAAGGCGAGGGGAUCGUGCAGCCAAUGGGCAGUGAGGGAACAGACACUGCAUUCUCUCAGAAGAGACUUGCUGGAUUUCCUCUGGUGAAUGGAAACCAUAAGGCCAGGUAAACUUUACCACAUGAUGAAUGCCUUGAUAGAUCUUCAUUGAUGAAUACCUUGAUAGUCUGCAUUUUAAAGUGGAAAUUACCAACUUUAGAAGCCUUUUUAUACCUUGAAUACACUACAAGUUUGCAUUUCCUGCUGUGCAGGAAAAUUCUUAGCAACAAAAGAGUGAUCAAAUUAAGAUCCUACAUCUGUAAUCUCACCAUGGGUCAUGUUAAUAACCUUUUUCUUGUGGUGGAUCAAAAGUGUUAACCCUGAUGAUCACCCUGGUAUUGGCCAGACUGAUGACGCACAACCUCUGGGUCAACCUCAGAGCAAUGGACACGUGCCAUAUAGAAGGUGAGUGUUUAUUUUUCAAACAAUGUUCCAUGUAUAGCAGCACAUACUACACAUUUAGAGUUACAUGGAAUGGUUGAGUAUGUGAGACCAUGUUGCCUGAUCCAGUAUGUAUUGAUACAUCUACUAAUUAGAUAAUAACCUCAACAACCCUAUCAUCCCACGGUUCAUGUUAGUCUCUGUCUCUAUAGGGAACAGUGUUUUGGUGGAUCAUGAAUGUGAAUCUUGAUGAUGUCUUAUUUCUCCAACAGGGUUAACGACGAGACUAAGGAACUGACUCCUAAUGGACUGAGUCCAGGACCUCCUCAGAUGAAUGGAGGAGGACCUCUGCUGUCUGACAGGUGAUAUUAUAACUAUUGCUAAAGUAACACUGUUCUAAGCUUUUGCUCCACUGUAUUUAAUAAUAACCAUGUUUUUGCCAUGUUUCCUGAUCCUGCCUGUCUUACUGUGUUCUGUGUCUAGGGUUGGAGAACAGCCCUGUGGGUCAGCAGAUGAAGAAAACUGCUCUGGUGAACAAGCAGGACCAGGUCUGGUCAACAAUGGCGUGA